AUGUUGCUAUCUUCAUCAAUGAAUAGACCUGAGCAUGUUUGGAAUCAAACAUGGCACUACUUAGUUGAUGGUAUUCUUUACAGUAAACGUGUCAUAACAAGAAAUCCAGGAUUAACACUUAUCGAUGAAGAAUUAAAACAACUUACUCUGAUUGAAAUAGAAACUCAUUUACAAAAGAACAAUAGAAGUCUGAAAGAUUUCAAGUCAAUGCCAUAUCCAAAUGACUUUGUACUUUCUUUUCUUGGAAACCGUCUGAUUUAUGAAGAAAGGCAAUAUGAUUCAAGUGCUCAAAAAAUUAUUUUUGAUACUUUCUUCUCAUCUCUUACAAAUGAGCAGAAACACAUUUACUUUGAUGUCAUGGAUGUCGUAGAACGACAAAAUGGUGGUGUGUUUUUUUUAUAUGGCUAUGGUGGAACAGAUAAAACAUUUAUGUGGAACACUCUCGCUGCUGCUAUUCGUUCUAAACAUAAAAUUGUAUUGCCUGUGGCAUCAAGUGGAAUUGCAAGUCUGUUGUUACCAGGUGGAAGAACAACACAUUCUAGGUUUAAGAUACUUGUCCCUACUUUGCAUUCAUCAAUUUGCAACAUUGACAAAAAAGAUGAUUUUGCUGAGCUUUUAAACAUAACACACCUUAUUAUAUGGGAUGAGGCUCCGAUGGCUAAUAGAUUUUGCUUUGAGGCUCUUGAUAAAUCCUUGAGAGACAUUAUGAGUGAAAUUCCACAGGCUGCAAAUAAAUUAUUUGGAGGCAAAGUAGUUAUUUUUGGUGGUGAUUUUAGACAAAUCCUUCCCAUUGUUCCAAGAGGUAGUAGAUCUGAUAUUAUUCAUUCAACUAUCAAUGCUUCUUAUAUUUGGGAUCAUUGCAAAGUCCUCAAACUUACAAAAAAUAUGCGCCUACAAAGUGGGACAACUUCAAAAGAAAUUGAAGAAGUUCGUAUAUUUUCUGAGUAG